CCACGAUUUUUGCAGAUGCCUCCCGUAGAAAACAUGCCCGACUUAAUGCCGGCCCUCGCCCAGCUUCCGCCACUGUCCUCCGCCGCCGUGCCCGAGGCCCCGGACGCCGCCGCGCCGCGGCAGACGCGAGAGAGGCCACGGCUCCGCCGUCGACCACCCAAGGUCUGCCGCGACGCGGCCCGGCGGCGAGGCGGCCCGUCGCCGCCGAGGCGGCAGGGCGCUGCCAAACGUGGCAGCGUGGAGCGGCCCGGCGGCGCUGGAUCGGUGGCAAGAAUGCGAGGCGGGGGUUCAUCCAGAUCCACUGCCUGGGGCGCAACGUCCUGGUGCCCCAGCGGGCGGUGGAGAUGGACACGUUUUGGCCACCGGGAGCCUGAACAUGUCCAUGUCCACCGCCUGCCGGGGUCCCCGAAAAUGGAUCCUCCGGGCGGCGGUCAUGUACAAAUCCCGCCUCGGAGGGAAGAGCACUGAGCUUAUGUACAGACCUGCUCUUCGCGGUGUGCAGACAUUCUCCGCUCUCGAAAACAUGGGCUUCUGCUAUUGAGCGCACUGCGGGCCGAGCGUUCUGGCGCUGGGAAGCCCUGUAACACCACGCGCCUUCCAUCCCGCCUGGAAGACUGGAGCGCUGACUCCACAGAAGAGGGAUGGCUGGGCGAGGAGUGGCUGCGCCAGCGGCCAGGAGAGAAGCGAGGAGGCAGGAGGAGGAGUAUGGAGCUCCUAACGUUCCAGCGCGGGACAAGCGUGAAAGCACGUGGGUUCCUAAGGCCCCAGAACGGGACAAGCAUGAAAACGCUUGGGUUCCUAACGCUCCAUGCAGAGCGGGACCAGCGUGAAA